UGUGGCAGAAGGGCAUUCCAGUCUGUCAGAGACAUCAGCCGCAUUCAGUGUACAUGGAAAUUAACCUUCAAAAAGGAAUAAUAUUGUUGCAAGAUUUUUUGCUGUCAAGACAGAAACUAAACACUGAAGCCAGUAACUAAAAGAAAAAAACUAUUUGUGUGACAAACAGAAAGUAAAGAAAGCGAUGCUGGAAACUGAAGAUACCAGACUGAUUUGUGAAUUACAGCUUCAUUUUAGCUCAUUUUAAGAAUUAAAAAAAUAGGUGAGAAAACUAAUAAGAAGCAGUGCAAAAUAUAAUUAAUAAAUUGACUCAACUUCCGAGAAAUACAAUUCAUUAGAAAAUGGCUAGAGAGCUGAACAUGGAUACCCAGAGGCAGAACUUUCUUAAGGAAGCAUUCAUGAAAGAAACACUCAUCAGGCUCAGCUGGUACAUAGACAACAAGGACAGUCUGCAAAAGGCAAAGGAGCACUGGAGACAGGUUCAGAAAAAGCCCACAAAGCUUCCUCCUCUACAAACUGACAAAAGAAAUGAAAAAGAAUUAAAGAGUAGAACUAAAGAUACAAAGAAAGACAAAGCAGUGCUAGAGAAGGGGAAUACCAUACAGGUGGAUCAGGAGACAAAUCAGAUGAGGCCAGUAUCUGUCAAAACGAAGAAUCUGCUCUAUCAAGGUGUAUCCCGGGAGGACAAUGGUAGAAAACACUACCUGAAAACAAGGAAACUGAAGAAGCCAGAGGAUAGAUACCUUUUUCCACUGACAACAAGCUGGGAGUAUGGCUGGCAGUUAGGUAAGAAAGAAAGAAAUAAUUGA